GAGGCGCCGUGCUUUUUGCGGCCGCCGAUCUGUUAUUUCAGCGGCAAAGGGCUGCCGUGUGCGCUGUCACACGCCUCGGACAGCACCGCGGCCCAUUGUUACGCCACGAUUGCGGCCCGCCGACACAUUGGUACCGAGCCCAAACCAUGAACAGCCUGGUGGCAUAGUAACAGCAAAGUACUGAGCGUCCGCGGGCAUAAGGAAGGAGCCAACGCCGGGCACGCACAACAACGACCGGAUGCCGUCGCCGAGCAUGAGCGCGUCGCGCACGCCGUCGCGCGCCGUCGGCCGCCUCUUUGGUCUGGACGCCUCGCAGCCGCGGCACCAGGCUCCUCCUGUUGAUGACGACUGGGACGACGACCACGACGAAGACGCCUUCUACGAGAGUACACGAAGGCGGAGCGACGCGUCGCGGUCGGCGUCGCGGUCGCGCACGCCGCGCCGGUCCCUCAGUCGACGAAGGAGGUCGUCGGCCACGCAGUCGCCCAACGUCCUGAGGGAGCCACAUAAAGCACACAGCAAGACGUGGCGGCCGCCCGGCGCCGCCCACGCUUCCCAGAGGACGCUGCCGCCCGCGCCAUCUAGAACUGAGGGACGGCCCCUGACCUUCGACGUCGACGCGCUGCAGAAGGACCACGCCAUCAUUGUCGAUCAAGUGAUUGAGCAAUUAACGCGGGGCAACGCCCUGAGCGUGUCUUCCUUAACAUUAGCGGAACCUCAAAAAUUCGGCGCGGUCUACGACCGCCUCCAGGCGGAGCUCGAGCGGGUCCUCGAUAGUAGGGAGGACAGCACGCCGGCGGACGCCGCGCGGUCGCGCGACGUGCAGCACAUCGUCUCCAUCCUCUUUUCUUUAGUGGAACACGAGCGGUCUUCAUUUUUAUUCUCGAUGUCUUCAUUAAGGGAGACGGUCAAGCGGCGCGAGGGCCGGCUGGCGGCUAGAGCAUCGUCCGAACUGUCGCAGGGGCUCCAGCGGCGCCUGAACGCCGGCGCGGCGCUCCUCACGGCGUUGACGCGCGUCGCGUUGGAAGAAAGGCCGACGCGCCGGGCCUGGAGCAAGUGGCGCUUGUAUACCGCACAAAGCAUCAGCGCGUCACGGUGCGCUGCUUUAGAGACGGCAUUGAGGUUCGCCGCGGGCCAGUCCGAGGAGGCCGCGCUGCGGGAGCAGGAAGCGCGCGAAAAACUUUUGAAGCGCGUCGCGAGUCGGUGGCUGAACAUGGAGAAGCACGGCAUCUUUGACCGGUGGAACGAGUGGCGCCGGGAACGAGUCUACGUGAGGCAGCUGGCUAAAAGAGUUCUGGGGCGGAUGAUGCACGGGAAAGUGGCCUCAGCACUAGCGUCGUGGGUGAGGAUGGUGCAGGUGUGCAAGGAGGAGGAAUCGGAGAAGAAGCGCCAGGAGGUCAUCCUCCAAAGAGUAAGGGCGAAGUGGCUCCUUGGCUCGUUAUCAAGAGUCAUGAACCGGUGGUGCGAGAUGGUCUCCGAAAGGAAGCACAUGCGUCGACUCGUGAAGAAGGUCAUCGGCCAGCUCAUGAACGGGUUGAGCGGGAGUGCCUUCCGGACGUGGACGUGCAACGUGACGGAAAUGAAGGCCCAGGAGGAGGAGGCCAAGCGCCAGGCCGUCAUUUUUGAGAGGAUACGCAAGAGGUGGCUCAACCAGACGACGGGCGCGGCCUACCGGUCCUGGCUCGAGUUCGUGUAUGAAAGGAAGCGCAUCCGAGGUCUCGUGAACAAGGUGGUAGGGCAGCUCAUGCACGGUUUGGAAAGUUCCGCGUUCCGAGCUUGGUUGGAGAACAUGAAGGCCAUGGACGAAGCAAAAGAGGAGGAGCAGCGCAUGCAGCGGAUCCUGGACAAGGUCCGGCGGAACUGGCUGAUGGCCGGCGUGAACAGCGCGUUCCGGCGGUGGAACGAGUAUCGGGGCGAGCGGCGGCAACUGCGCAAACUGGCCACAAAAACGAUCCAGCAGAUGUUGAAUAAUCGCGUGCUGCCAGCAUUUAAAGAGUGGGUCAAUAAGGUCGAAUUGUUUAAGCGGGCGGAUUAUCUGAUGCGCAAGGUGAUGGGGCAGUUAUUACAUGGGCUGACCGGGUCCGGGUUCCGGUCGUGGUGUGGCGUCAUUACUCAAAUGAAGCAAGAGGAACACGAGGCGCAGCUUGAGAAGUGUCGCCGGCUCGAAGCCCAACUCCAAGAGAAAGAGGACGAAAUGCAGGCCAUCGAGCAGGCGAGGAUCCAAAGUUUGAUGAGCCGCGUCGCUCUACGCCUAAAGAACGGCGGCUUACUGAAAGUAUGGGCGCGCUGGGAGGAGCUCGUCUACGACCGUAAAUUGAUGAGGAAGGUCGUCGGUCAAUUGCUACACGGGUUGACUGGUGUUGCCUUCCGGUCGUGGUUUGCGUUCGUCGAAGAGCAGGAGCGAGCAGAACAGGAAGCGGCGCGGCACGACGCGAUCUGCGCCAAGUUCGUCGCGCGCAUGCGCCUCGUCUCCGCCUCGAAAGCCUUAAAUUCCUGGCGCGAGAACGCGCACGAGCGGAAAAGAUUAAGGCGCCUCAUGCAGCACGUCCUGACGCGAUUGAUGAAAGGCAGGCUCGUGCCCUCACUAAGUCAGUGGCGCGCCGCCGCGACGGCGCUGCGAUUGGAGGCGCGCGAGAAGGAACGGCAACAAAAGCUCCUCGACCGCAUGCGCCGGCGCAUGCAACACAAGUGCAUCUUCUCGGCGCUCCUCGCCUGGGACCACUUCGUGGGCGAGCGGAAAAGAUUAAGGGCCCUCGCGCUGCACGUCCUGAACCGCUUGUCGCGGGGCAAGGUCGUUUUGGCUGUAGAUAGGUGGCGCGCGGUUUUACGAGAGGAGAAGCAAAACGAGCUGAAACACGACCGAGUCGAAAAGUUGAUGCGGCGCGUCGCGCUCCGUCUAAAAAACGCGGGCUUCGUCAAGGUCUGGGGCGCCUGGGAGGAGUUCGUCUGGCAGCGGCGGACGCUGCGGGCGCUCACUCACAGAUUUAUCGACGGCAAGGUCGCGGCGGCGCUAUUCACCUGGAGGGAGGAACGGCGCUGCGGGAUCAUUCUCGAGAGGUUCGGAAGGCGGCUGCGGUUCGCUUGUGUCUCCAAAGCAUUAACGACGUGGAUUCUUUAUAGAAGAGAGCGGAAACGCGUGCGCGCGCUCAUGACGCACAUCCUGGUCACGCUCAAGCAUGCCUUAGCGCACAAGGCCUUCGGGACCUGGCUCGCCUACGAACAUGAGGAGCGGCGGCUCGAGAAUGUGGGAAAGCGGGUCCUCGUCAUGCUGACGCGCGGCUGCCUUUUAAGGUGCUUCCACGCCUUGCAGGCGGAGCGCGAUGAAAGGAGGAGGUUGAGGGAAAUUGUGAAGAGAGCCGUGCGCCAGAUGCGCCAGGGCAAGCUGGGUUUGGGUUGGCGGUGCUGGCGCGAGGUUGUGGUCCAAGGUCGACUCCUGGGCGACGUCGGCGCGCGGCGCCUGGCGCUCAUGCGCGUUUGUAGGUUUGUGCGCCAUUCUCUAGUCGUGAGCUUUUCCACGUGGCGGCGGGGCAGCACGUUGCUCGUCUCGCACGCUUACGAGGACUACAAAAUGAGGGACGAGCACUGGCGCGAGAAGCGAGCUCUACAAAUGUGGACGGACAACGUCGCGGGGCGGUGCUUCGAUACUUGGAGGGAGGUAAUCCGGACGGAGAAGAGGGAGCGCGUGGCCCUCUACCGCCACUCACUAAGAGUGAACAAGCGCGUCCGCCUCGACAUCUUCACGAAGUGGGAUCGCAUGCGACGGGACCGGCGGCUCGCGCGGUCCGUGCUGAGUAGGAUGAUCCACGUCGCUGUUGAUGGUACCACAAGAGCAGCAAUAGAUAUCUGGCGGGACCAGGCCUUUGAUAUGCGGCGGCACGAGGCCGUGUUGGAUAGAACCAGAAGGCGGUGGCUCCACCGGACGGCCACGAAGUCCUUUGAGCGGUGGCGCGAGUACGUUUUAGUGAGGAAGCACGUGAAGACCGUGGCGCUCCACGUCCUCCAGCGCCUCGCGCACAGCAACGCGGCGCCGGCGUUUAUUCAGUGGCGCGACCAGACGCGGCGUUUGGCCCAUUGCGACCACCUGGUCGGAAGUGCCUUGGCGCGCAUGCGCCACGCCUGCGCAGCUAGAGCUUUCGUGGGGUGGGUGCACCGCUGGGAGGAAUCGAAGAGGCGGACCGACCUCCUGACGCACAUUGUGAUGAAAUUACUACAUGCGAAGCUGGCGCCGGGCUUCCGGAAGCUCGUGGCUUGGGCCUUGGAUUACGAUAGGCGCGCGCUCGCGCGGGAGCGCACAGAUAGGUUACUGCGGCGCGUCGUCGCCGUCUUCGAGCACACGCGAUUGAACGAAGGGCUCAACGGCUGGAAGCGGUUCACUUUCUUGAGGAGGGAGGCCGAGGAGAAACAGGUAAGGCAGGACGUCAUCCUGGACAGAUGUAGAAGGCGCCUGCGCCACUCGCUGCUCGGAAGGUCGUACAACCAGUGGGUCUUCUACAAGCGGGACCGGAAGCGCCUCCGGACGCUGGCGCGGAGGAUAGUAAAACAGUUCUACAACAACGAGACCUGGCCGGCCCUGAACACGUGGAAGGCCUUUGUCGUGCGGCAGCGGUCCUUAGAACGGCUCAUGCAUAAAGUAAUCGGGCAGCUGCAGCACCGGCUCACGAGUACGAGCUGGAGGACCUGGACCACGACCGUACGAAGGGCGGUCCGCUACGAGACCAUAAUCGAUAGAUCCAGAAGGAAGUGGCUCUACCACGCGCAAGCCAAAGCUCUCACGGCGUGGUGCUUCAUGGUCUCGGAGCGCCAGCGGCUGCGGAACCUCGUGAAGAAGGCCUUCUACCGCAUGCGGGCGUCGAAGUUAGGUAGAGGCUUCCGGACGUGGGCGCGCAUCGUCGAAGCGGGCCGCACGACUUUAGUGAGGGACGCGGCAGCAUCAGCAAAGACGGCGGCGCGCUACUGGUUCGACGCGGCCGAAUUAAGGAGCGAGCACGUGUUGCGGCGGAACGCGUUUGGGGCGUUCAAGCAGCUGAGGAGGCGGCGCGCGCAGAAUCGAUUGAGAGCCGCGCGGUGGGCGCGGGCGUUGAAGAGGCGGCGGACGCGGGGCGUCUUCGAGAACUGGAGAAGGUACGGUAAACUAAGGAUGCUGCAGGUGCCGGGGAAGUUAAGGGCGGCCUUGAGGGUGGCGCACGACGAGUGCGCGCGGCAAUUAAGGAGGGGCUUUUCCAUCUGGUUGCACGGCGUGGACGUGGCGAAAUUGGAGGAGGCGAGAAAAGCGGCGCAGGGCGCGUCGCGGCUGCAGCGCCUCGACAAGGCAUUGGUGGCCAUCGAAUACACGCAGUAUCAGUUGGUAAGGAAGGUCUUCGUGGCGUGGACCGACGUCUUCCUCCACCGGAAGCGGAGCGGGCGCCUGACGUCCUUCGUGGGGGUCGCGCUGGCCCGCGCGACGAUGAUCAAGGCGUACCACGCCUGGGGCCGCUACGUCGAGAGCCACCGCCGCGUGCGCCGCACGCUCAAGACGCUCUCGACGCGCAAGCACGCGACGAACUGUUUUCGGGCCUUCGGCCGCUGGCACGCCUACUCGGCGUCGCUGCCGGCCGUCGGCGCGGACUUCGUCGCGGGCUUCGCCGUGCCGCCUCCGCCCUGCGACGACUCCGACGAGGACGUGACGCUCACGCCGCCGCCGCCGCCUUCUGGAUUGUUCUCUUCCGGUCCAUCCUACGCGUCGACGCCGACGGCCGCGCAGCCGUACUUCGACGACGAUCCGGCAGCUGGCGCGACGCUCUACGAGAGCCCGGUCGGGCGCGCGGUGGAGUACUAGAGACGCGUCGACGCCGACGGCCGCGCAGCCGUUCACUUCGACGACGACCCGGCAGCUGGCGCGACGCUCUACGAGAGCCCGGUCGGGCGCGCGGUGGAGUACUAGAGAUGUAAUAC